AUCUUGCAACCAACCAGAGAAGCCUCACUUACAGCUUAACCUUUUUCUGGAAAUCAAAAUGGCCCUUCAACCUCAAACCCCUAGGGUCAACUUUCAAACCGCCCUUGCAGCACCUCGUCAAGACAACCUUGCAACUCAGAGUGCCGGCCUUGUACCUCAAACUGCCGGCCUUGUGCCUCAACAAACUCCCGGCCUUGUGCCUCAACAAAAUCCCAGCCUUGUGCCUCAAAGUACUGCCCCUGCACCUCAAAGUGCCCCUGCACCUCAAAGUGCCCUUGUGCCUCAAACUAGGGCGCCCGCCACUGUCCUAGGCCGAGGAGGAGACAACUACCCGGGAAGAGGAGGAGACAACUACCUAGGCAGAGGAGGAGACGGCUACCGUACUACUCCAGCUACUCAGCUCGGUAGAGAUCGUCGUCAGUAUUCAGCAUCAUCAGAUGACAAUACAUUGACCAACCAAAUUCUGAUGACUGAUAGAUCGCAUGAACGUCCCUACGAUGUGCCUCGUCUAUCUGUCAAGCAGGUUCUCCAAACAAUCGAGGCCAUUCUGGCUCGUGUCAACAAACCACUUGACAUCCAUGGCACUGUUGUUCCGGGAGGUCUCGUACCUGCAACUGCACAUGUGGAUACUUUGGAACAUGAGAAGGCCAUCCAUGCUAGCCUGAGUAGCCUCCAAGACAGCAUCGAUGUUCCAACCAGCAUUCUUAAUGAAAUUUCCAGCGAGAUACUUAGCAAGUCUCUAACAGGGGUAGAUGCAAGCAAGACCACCAUGGAUAUUUUAGAGAGGGUCCAGCACUACGAUUGGGACGAAAAGGUGGUGCUUGCCUUGGCAUCUUUUGCGAUCAAAGAUGGUGAAUUUUGGCUUGUGGCUCAGCUUUUCACCACCAACGCACUGGCCAAAGCCAUCGGACUACUGAAGCAAAUGCAAGAGAUACUAGAACGAUCUGGGACUAGUUUAAAACCGAAGUUUGAAGCAUACAACAAUCUGGUUAGAGCCGUGCUCAAGGUGACCAAGAUCAUUGUUCAUUUACAGGACCUUCACCGCGACCCCCACUUAACUGCUGAAAUCAAAGCUACAUCUCCCACUAAUCAUAUCCCCACUGCUGUUUACUGGACUGUCAGGAGUAUAGUCGUUCUUGAAUCACAACUUUUAGGGAUCACUGGCUCUGAUCCAGAGUACGUAACAGAGGCAUGGGAACUAUCAUCCUUGGCACACAAGCUCGAAAACAUAUACAACCAUCUUGAGGAGAACCUAAACAGACUCUAUCAACUCAUUCAGAAGUUCAGAGAUGAAGAAGCAUUCAAUGCAAUUGCACGCAUCUUAGAGUCACCACAUAUUGAUAACUCCAAGCCUCUGAGGGUUUUGUUUUACAAGGAUGACCAACCUGCACUCUAUGAUGGCUACAACAAGAAGAGGGUUGACAUUGAUGUGCUGAGGAGGAAGGUGGUGAUACUGAUGAUUUCAGACCUGGACAUCACCCAGGAAAAUGAGUACCUGAUUGCUCAUCAAAUGUACUCGGAGAAACGCCAGUUCCCACAAAGGCCAGAGAGCCAGUACGAGAUUGUCUGGGUUCCAAUUGUGGACAAUUGGACUGAAGCCAAGCAGCUGCAGUUUGAGGAACUUAGAAAUGGCAUGGAAUGGUACACUAUCUACCACCCUUCGGUUGUGUCUCCGAUUGUGGUGAAGUACAUCAGGCACCAGCAGAAAUGGAACUUUGUGAAGAAGCCUCUGCUUGUGGUGAUGGACCCUCAAGGCAAAAUAGUGCACACCAAUGCUGUUCACAUGAUGUGUGUUUUCGGAAGUGCAGCAUACCCUUUCACAAGCAACAGAGAGAGAUUGCUCUGGGAAGAAGAGACCUGGAGGAUUGAGCUUUUGGCAGACGCCAUCGAUCAAACUCUACUUAACUGGAUUUCAGAAAGGAAGUACAUUUGCUUGUAUGGCGGGGAAGACAUUAACUGGAUCCGAAGCUUCACAAGGUCUGCAAAAGAAGUUGCCUUGGAAGCUGGUAUCGAAUUAGAGUUGCUCUAUCUUGGCAAGAGCAAGCAGAAGGAGCGAGUGGCCAGGGACAUCAUCCGUGUUAUUAAGGAGGAGAGGCUAAGCCACACCAUCGACUGGAACCUCAUUUGGUUCUUCUGGGUUCGUCUUGAGAGCAUGUGGCAGUCCAAAGGACAGCUUAUGAGUGAGCUGUCCAGGGCUAACUUCAGGGACGAUAACAUAAAAAACGACAUCAUAAUGCAGGGGAUUGUGUCACUGCUGAGCUUCGGUUCCAGCGAUCGGGGGUGGGCUCUGAUCGGGCUUCCUUCAUCAGACAUGUCCAAGGGUAAUGGGGAUCACAUGUUGAAGAGCAUGAACGACUUCAAGAUUUGGAAGAUUAGGCACAAUGAGACGGGCUUCACACCUGCACUGAAUGAAUAUCUUCUUGGGGUGUACAAGAGCGCCCCACAUCACUGCACCAGUCUCAUACUGCCUGCAACCGGCAUCAUGCCUGAGACUGUGAGCUGUGCCGAAUGUGGUCGUCUCAUGGAGAGGUACGCCAUGUUCCGCUGCUGCACUGAUUGAGGUUGAUCAUCAACACCACCGGCCAUGCUUCAUUCCAAAGGUGCAUUGGCUUGGAUUUUCACUAUAAACUAGCAGCUUCUGCAGCUGCUUCUACUAUACUACUAUGAUAAUAAAUUCAACAUCUGUAGGUCCUUACCUCUUGUGGUAAAGGAGCCUAUUCCAGUGUGUGUUUUUGCUUAUUGUUACAAUUAUAUUACAAUGAAUAAAUUUCAGUAUUCAUUUUCUUUUCAAAUA